CCAGAGAAAGGAGCCAGACGUGUUUGUUAACUUUUUAAAAAUGGUUUUGCUAAUUAGAAAAUCAAUUGUUUCAAAAUCUAGAGUAGUCUUUUUCUUUGGAGUUUCGUUCCUCGUAUGCUGUUUUGCACCUCGGGAACGAUGAAAACAUUCUGUUCUGUUCUGUUCUGUCAACAGACUGUUACCAUCAAAUUAGGUAGAAGCCUUAAAUUCAACCUCAGGACAGUUCUGUUCUCAUCCCCAGUUAACAGGUGUCAAGUUAUUGUUCACUCGCAUAUGACCAAAGUGGAGAAAAUCCACGCAUUCAUACUCAAUCGUGAAGGUCAAUUCUGGGGAUUAAAAAGUCAAUGAAUCGACAAUUAAACCAGAUGAUGUUUAAAGAGAAUACAGACACCAUUUACAAAUGUAAAAUAUAUAUUUCAUAUACAUCAUUUAUGCAUACAUACCUUCCUAACUGCUCCUGUAUUUGGACCAGCCUGAAGAAGCAUCCAAAUGGAAAUGGGUGCCACUUGCAUGAUACCCAUGUUGCUAAUGUGGCUGUUUUUCUUGUUAUUCGUAUGCCCUCUGGGCGGCUUGUCAGAGGCCAAUUAUUUGAUCGGAACAGGAUCAUAUGAUAUAACAGGACCUGCUGCUGAUGUGAAUAUGAUGGGCUAUGCAAACAGUGAUCAGAUUGCAUCAGGCAUCCAUUUCAGGCUAAGGGCAAGAACCUUCAUUGUGGGCGAUCCCAAUGACAGUGGCAGCAGAGUUGUUUUUGUUAAUUUGGAUGCAUGUAUGGCCUCUCAGCUUGUCACGAUUAAAGUACUCGAACGACUCAAGUCCAGGUAUGGGGGGCUGUACAAUGAGAAAAAUGUAGCCAUAAGUGGUAUUCACACACAUGCUGGUCCUGGAGGCUACCUUCAGUAUAUUAUUUAUAUUGUUACCUCUCUUGGGUUUGUUCGACAAUCAUUUGAUGUGAUUGUUGAUGGUAUUGAAAAGAGCAUCAUACAAGCCCAUGAUAAUUUGCGCCCUGGGUCCAUUUAUAUAAACACAGGGGAGCUUCUUGAUGCUGGUGUUAAUCGCAGCCCUAGUGCUUACUUGAAUGAUCCACCAGAUGAACAAGCACGGUACAAAUAUAAUGUUGACAAAGAUAUGACAUUGCUGAAAUUUGUAGAUGCUGAGUGGGGCCCAGUAGGAAGUUUUAACUGGUUUGCUACACAUGGGACAUCAAUGAGUCGUACAAAUCCAUUAAUUAGUGGUGACAAUAAAGGGGCUGCAGCACGUUUUAUGGAGGAUUGGUAUUCACAGAAAAGUGGGGGUUCACCAACUUCUGAGAGUUCAAAAUCAAUUGGGACUAAUUAUAAUGCCAAUUCAUUGAGUCAACAAUACAAAAUAAACUCAAGCAUGACUCCAAGUGUAGAGGAGAGUCUUUACAAAAUUGCAGCAUCACAUAAGAGCACAGGUGGGAAAUUCAGUGAACGGUUAAUUAGUGUUUCAAGUAGAGUUCGGGGAUCCACUGGGAAUGGAGGCAAAACACAAUUUGUGGCUGCAUUUUGUCAAUCGAAUUGUGGUGAUGUGAGUCCCAAUGUUUUAGGCGCUUUUUGCACAGAUACAGGAUUGCCUUGUGACUUCAACCACAGUACUUGUAAUGGAAAAAAUGAAAUGUGCUAUGGGCGUGGCCCAGGAUACCCUGAUGAAUUUGCAAGUACCCGCAUUAUUGGGGAAAGGCAAUUUGAGAAGGCUAUUGACCUAUUCAAUAGUGCAUCUGAACAAUUAUCAGGAAAAAUAAACUAUCGCCAUGUAUAUCUUGACUUUUCUAAACUUGAGGUCAACCUUCCCCCAGCUGCACCUGGAGAUUCAGAGUCUGUAGUUAAGACAUGUCCUGCUGCAAUGGGGUUUGCUUUCGCUGCAGGAACCACUGAUGGGCCUGGAGCUUUUGACUUCAAGCAGGGUGAUAAUAAUGGAAAUCCAUUUUGGAAGUUAGUGAGAGAUGUAUUGAGAACACCAACCAAGGAACAAAUAGAUUGUCAGAAACCAAAGCCAAUUUUGCUCGAUACAGGAGAAAUGUCUCUACCAUAUCCAUGGGCGCCCGCUAUUCUUCCAAUCCAAAUUCUAAGGAUCGGGCAACUUGCAAUCUUGUCCGUACCUGGAGAAUUCACAACAAUGGCUGGUAGACGCCUCAGGGAAGCUGUUAAGAAGACAUUUCUUACAGGUGAAAAUGGAGGAUCUGGAAGCAACAUUCAUGUAGUAAUUGCAGGACUUACCAACACUUAUUCUCAGUAUAUAACCACAUUUGAGGAGUAUGAAAUACAACGAUAUGAGGGAGCUUCAACUUUGUAUGGGCCACAUACAUUAAGUGCAUACAUUCAGGAAUUCAAAAAACUUGCUCUUGCCAUGGUGAAUGGAGACAAUGUAGAUGAAGGACCCACACCACCCGAUCUUUUAGAUCAACAAAUUGGCCUCCUUCCGCCAGUAGUGGUUGACAUGACACCUCUUGGUGUAAAUUUUGGUGAUAUUAAAGAGGAUGUUCCUAAAAAUGCUUCAUAUAAGAAGGAAGAAAUUGUGGAAGUAACCUUUUGGUCUUCUUGCCCACGCAAUGAUUUGAUGACAGAGGGAACUUUCUCUCUUAUAGAAUUUUUACAGCCCAAUGGGGAUUGGAGCCCUGCAUAUGAUGAUGAUGAUUUUUGUCUUCGUUUUAAGUGGUCUCGGCCUGCUUCUCUAAGUCCUUAUAGCUAUGCAACAAUUCAGUGGGAGAUCCCACAAGCAGCUACUGCUGGUGUAUACCGGAUUCGCCAUUUUAAUGCAGCCAAAACUCUGUCAGGUUCCCUUGAGCAUUUCACUGGUAUAUCCAGUGCAUUUGUAGUAAUUUAGAUGAUGGCGAUCAAUAGUUAAGCUCUUGUACAUGCGAUUAUUCAUUAAGCAUAUGAAUUGAGUCAUUUUAAAGUUUUUUUUGCAUUCUUCUCGAUUUGCUGGAUCAUUGUAUUGAUUGGUUUCAACUAUACGUAAUCCAUUUCACUAUAAUUAUCACUCCUUUUAUUUCAA